AUGAAUAUGGAGAGUAGGGGAUAUGUAUGGUAUGCUUUAACUGCUCUUAAGUCAGCUAGAACGGGUUUUCAAAUGAAGGGUUUAGUUGAAAGUUGUAAGGAUUGGUCUAAGGACGGUAAAAGCGGGAAGACAGAUUGUUUAUGGGGAGCACUUGACACUGCUAUCACAUUAGGCAUGCUCGCUACCUCAGGCUGGGAAAUAUAUGUUGCAAUUGGGCUUUGGAUGGCUGCAAGUGGUUCUACACUUCCUGGCAUCUCAAAAAGGGAAAACGGUGGAGUUCAAUCUUAUGUAGACACUUAUGAUAUUCAAUCCGUGCAACAGUAUAUUUCUAAUGUAACUGGUCUACCAACUACAACCAUUUUGCUCGUAAACGGGUCCGCUCUUAAAAACGACCAAACAGGAUGGCCAGUCCAUGCCUCUUGGAGUCAUUCUGGAACCGCUCAUUUAUACAGUUUAAUGUCCAUCAAUGGGAACAUAACAGCUAUGAGAAUCGGGGGCUGGGAUAAAGAUUUACAGAAACAUGAUGAACAAUUCAAUUUGGAAAACUUUAGCUCUGGUCGUAUCGAGAGUCACUGUAAUAGGGUAGGAAAAAACGUGGAUUCUAUUGAUGCCAAUAACGAUUUUGGAACUUUAGAUCACCAAGUAAGUUGUGCAUUCGAUCUUGAAUCACAUGAAUAUAUUUGGUAUUUAUAUGAUUUUAAUAACAAAAUAAAUAUCGGAGAAGGUACGGUUGCAGCAUUCCAAUACUCAACCUAUGAUCAAGAUGAAUUAAAAAACUGGGAUUUAAUAUCUGAAGAUGGACCUUCAAGAACAUGCAGAGAAGCAUGA